AUCGCUGUGUAUUGCCCAUGAGAUGAAACAAGAGAAGCCGGAGGAGAAUCUAUACAUCUCUAGUCCUGAGAGGUGAUCGGAACCAUGGAACAUUUAACGCAAGCCAACUGGAGAGAGAUUGUCAAUAAAAAACUCAAGUUUCCAGUAUCACUCGUCAAUGCAAUCCACGAUGGAAAUCUCAUCCAGGUUCAACAACUUCUCCAGGUCAGCGAUGGGAUCCUGCGUCAGCUGGACGACAGCGAGGACCGAUUGUGGCGGGAGGCUCUCAACUUGGCCAUCCGCACAGGGAAUGAGGAGAUCAUGAAGACUUUGUUGCAUUGUGUUAAGUUUGACUUCCGCCAGAUCCAUGAAGCUCUCUUGGUGGCAGUGGACACCAACCAGCCACAUGUAGUUAAAAUGUUACUAGACCGGUUAGAUCAGGAAAAAGGGAUCAAGAUGGACAUCAAGUCGUUUUCACUCGCUUUUUUUGACAACUCUAUAGACAAUUCUCGUUUUGCCCCUGGAGUGACCCCACUUACGUUGGCCUGUGAGAAGGACCUCUAUGAGAUUGUGGAGAUGUUGAUGAAGAAGGGGCACGUAAUCACCACUCCUCACAAGAUCUCCUGUGCCUGCUUGGAGUGCAGCAAUGGGCGCAAGUAUGAUCUUCUUAAAUUCUCACUGUCCCGCAUCAAUACUUACAAAGGCAUUGCCAGCAGAGCUUACCUGUCCAUUGCCAGCGAAGAUGCCAUGCUUCAGGCUUUCAAACUUAGCCGUGAACUGAAGCGUCUGUCCAGGAAGGAGCCAGAGUUUAAGCCAGAAUACCUGAGUCUGGAGGAUCUGAGUCAGGAGUUUGCCGUAGAGCUUCUGGGAAUGUGCCGGAACCAGAGUGAAGUCACUGCUGUGCUCAAUGACUGUGGGGAUGACAGUGAUGAAGAGGAGAUGGACAUCCAGACCUUCGAAGAGGGAAUACCAAACCUGGCCCGACUCCGGCUCGCUGUGCAUCACAACCAAAAACGGUUCGUUGCUCACCCCAUUUGCCAGCAGGUCCUGUCUUCCAUUUGGAGUGGGAAGCUGUCCGGGUGGAGAGGGAGUAACACGAUUUGGAAAAUAUUCAUUGCUUGCACCAUCUUCUUCACUAUGCCCAUCCUGUGCCUCACCUACUGGCUGUCUCCCAAAUCCAAGGUUGGUAAAACCCUGAAGAUCCCGGUGAUUAAGUUCCUCCUCCAUUCUGCGUCGUACUUGUGGUUUCUUAUCUUUCUCUUGGUGGAAUCCUUGAUAAUGGAAAGGAGACAUGAUAUUUAUGAAGGCCGGAGCCAGGCCAUCUGGCAGAAUUCCCUGCACAUGAUCUGGGUCGCAGGUUUCCUGUGGCACGAAUGUAAAGAAGUCUGGAUUGAGGGUCUGAGGAGCUACUUCUUAGACUGGUGGAACUUCCUGGACAUUGUGACCAUCAGUAUGUAUCUGGCCUCGUUCUCUCUGAGAAUCCUGGUGACCGUGAAGGGAUAUCUGUCCUGUGUGGAUGAACCGGACUCUGAUGUCUGCUUCUACUUCACCAAGGCAGAAAGGCCUGAGUGGAACACAGAAGACCCUCAGUUCAUAGCGGAGGUUUUAUUUGCAGUAACCAGCAUGCUCAGCUUCACCCGCUUGGCAUAUAUUCUGCCCGCUCACGAGACGCUGGGGACUCUGCAGAUUUCCAUCGGGAAAAUGAUUGAUGAUAUGAUACGCUUCAUGUUUAUCCUGAUGAUAAUUCUCACUGCUUUCCUGUGUGGACUCAAUAACAUCUACGUCAACUACAGUGAGAGCGACAAGCUGGGGAACUUUAACGAGACCUUCCAGUUCCUGUUCUGGACCAUGUUUCAGAUGGUAGAAAGGACCACGGUGGACAUGAAUCACUUUGUGGUGGCUGAGUUUGUUGGCCGGGCUCUCUAUGGUCUCUUUACCAUAGUCAUGGUCAUCGUCCUUCUGAACAUGCUCAUUGCUAUGAUCACUAAUUCCUUCCAGAAGAUUGAGGACGACGCAGACGUUGAAUGGAAAUUCGCCCGUUCUAAGCUAUACCUGUCUUAUUUCAGAGAGGGGCUGACACUGCCUGUGCCCUUUAAUAUCAUCCCCACACCCAAAUCUCUGUUCUACGUCAUCAGAGCCAUAUUCAAAUUCCUGUGCUGUUACAAACCCAAGAAAAAACAAGAAUAUCCUCCAAUCUCAACAAUUUCUAACAGUGGUGGUGAUUUGUAUGGAGAGAGCCGUGCCGCUUAUCGCUUGCAGGUGAUCAAAGCUCUGGUGCAGAGAUACAUUGAUACAGCCAGGAGGGAGUUUGAAGAGAGCCGACGGAAAGAUCUGGGGAACCGAAUCACAGAACUCAACAAGAAUGUCAUUCGCCUCCAGUCAGAAGUGAAACACCUGCGGCGUUCAAUUGGUGAUAAUGGGGUGCCCAAUAACCCGAAGGAAAAGGAGAAUGUACUAAGUCGCUACAUAAUGAAAGUGAAGAACAGUUUCCAGAGUUACGAUCAGGAGUCCAUCAGCUCAGGAAAAGACUCUUCAGAUGUGACCAUUCAUCAGGAUAAUGAAACAGGGACUGUACCAGACGAGGAUUGCCCGCCAUACCCUGAAGAGGUCUCCUUAAGUAACGAUAUAGACAGACAUGAAGUUGCUAAGCAGGUAGAUGAGGAGAACGCUAUGUGAGCUCAAAAAUCUUUUACUGUGUACCCAUAAAAUACUACAGACUAACAGACAGACAAAUAUCUAAAUACUUGAUAUCAACGUUUCAAGGAGGAAUAACAGUCCCAGCUUUCAUACCAAGAGGGCUUGGAGGCGUGGCAUGAUGCCGUACUUCCAAGUCUUCCUUUUUUUUUUUUUUUAACAAGGGGUUUUGGGUGGCAGGAAAGGAGGUAGGACUUUUAUAAGAUAAAACUGUUAUAGUGCCUACAAUGUCCCUCCCUUAAUCUGAUGGUGUUGAUGCACAUUAUGGAAGAAGAAUGAAAUGAAAGCGUGAUAGGUGAAGAUGCAAAGUAAAAAGCUAAUCAGUAAUUUACUAAACCAUGAAUUGUUGACAAUUAAUCAGAGUAGUAUCUGAACAAGAAACACAGCUGCCUUGUAGGGAAAUCACAUUCCCAUGUCUUCUAUUUAUAAUUACCUGCCAGUUAGCCAUUAACAAUGCUGAAAUGGUCACAAACAAUAGUAGUGUUUCUAUACUUUCACAUACCUGUUUUUACUAGUUAUGGAUAGGGGAAGAGGACCCUUUACCUUUUUAUUGUUAACCUUGCAAUAUCGAUCUCUUGAGCAAGACAUAGCGAGGUUAAAUAAUUACUCCAGGCACCAUAACAAUUUCUCCAGUUGCUUUGUAGAAGGAGCAGAGCUGAACGGCUCUGAACAGAAGCCUCUGGGGUUGUUGGUUAAUGCCUUAACCCCUUAAAGUAAGCUGGCACCAGGGACCUCCUGACUCUGUAACAACUUCGUUCUGACAAAAUGGUUUAGGCCUGGUUUUAAGGUUCCAAAAUCCGUUUGUAAAAUGUCAAUGUUCUCAGUUUUUUAGGCCAAAAGUCUGAAAAACCUUAUCAUCAUUUACUAAUGCUGAAUUUUAAUGUAGACCAUGGGCAAUUACUAAAGUUCAGUUAAUUUGCCCCAAAAAAGAUGCAAUUUCCCAAUGACUUCUUGACUCUGCCCACAUUAGUGAAUAGUUGUGUGUACGGUUUUACUGCUCAGGCAAUAGGUAAAUUAUAGCAUUUGGUAAAUUAAGCUUGUAGUAUAUUCUGCAGGCAUUUGGACUCCAUUCUGAUGUGAAAAUGAUGUCAGGUCACCGAUCACAGAUGCCACAUUGAAAUACAACAGCAGAAUGGAUUCUAAAAUCAUCCCUGUCAUGUUUUCUCCGCCAAUUUUUAAUUUUGUUUUGUGCCCUGUAUAUUAUUAAUUAUGCUACCCAUCGCCAUUUGUAUUUAUUUAUAUU